AUGGAAGCGGUAGUUAGCUGUGCAAACGCCAUGCCGAGGGCUCUGUUGCUUGACUGGUUCUACAAGCGUUUUGCUGUCUCAUGGAUGGCAGUCGCCAUGAAGGCCGCCAUAACGUAUGCAUCUUUCAUGACCCUCAAGAACUCGCUGGUGGAGGUUCUGCUGGAGCAGGAGCCUGGCAUGCAUCUCCGCUUCCAGGAUGAUGAGGAGGCCAUGAAGGCGCUGCUGAGCUACCAUCCAGAAGCAGACAGGCUCCUGGAAGACCUGGUGGCGAUCAAGGUGGAUUGCUCCCCGGUGGAUGAUGACACCAGGUGUCUGUGGGUGAUCAAGUUCGAUGGAUAUGAGGAAGAUGUCAGCCUCCAGGCAUGCUUCGAAGGCCUGGAGAAGGCUCUCCACCUCGAUGCGCCUCAGGGCGAAGGAGUCCGCCCCCGCCACUUUGUGCCGCGCCUGGGGCCAGGGCGCUGGCGCAACGAUGUGCAGAGGGAGACCGCCUUCCAACGGGCCGAGCGGGAGGAGACAUUGGGCAUCACAGCCAACAAGUGA